CUGUAACCUCGGCCAUUGAAAAAUCAAGAUGGAAGCCGUGUUAUCGCGUUCGGUGCAAAUCAUUUCGCCAACAUGCACCCAAGUGCGUGGCAUGGCUACCUUAAAAGACAUUCGUAUCAGAUUAAAGUCUGUGACAAAUAUUCAGAAGAUUACCAAAUCCAUGAAGAUGGUGUCAGCUGCUAAAUAUGCUCGAGCUGAGAGAGAACUUAGACCAGCUAAACCUUAUGGAGCAGGAGCUAAAUCUUUCUAUGAAAAGGCAGAAGUCACCCCUGAUGAGACAAAACCAAACCAUUUAAUAGUAGCUGUGACAUCAGAUAGAGGUCUAUGUGGUGGUAUACAUACUAGUGUAGUCAAGGCUAUUAAAGCUGAUCUAGAAGAAAAAAAACCUGGUGGAGAAUUCAAGAUAAUCUGUGUUGGUGACAAAACUAAACUUAUAUUGUCAAAACUGUUUGCCAAUGAGAUGCUGUACUCAUUCAACAAUAUUGGUAAAACACCACCAACAUUUGCUGAUGCCAACUUGAUAGCUAAAACAAUCAUGGAUUCUGGUUAUAAAUUUGAUAGUGGUUCACUCUAUUAUAAUGUAUUUAAGAGUGUUGUAUCUUACAAAACAACCGCUCAGCCAAUCUUCUCACAAGAAAGUGUAUCUAAUGCCAAGAAGAUAAGUUUAUACGAUAGUGUAGAUGAUCCCAUGUUAGAAAGCUAUAAUGAAUUCAACCUAACCAGUUUAAUCUAUUAUGCUCUGAAAGAAGGAGCUUGUAGUGAACAGAGCAGUAGAAUGACUGCCAUGGAGGGUGCCAGUAAAAAUGCAGGUGAAAUGAUUGACAAAUUACAGAUGACCUAUAACAGAACUAGACAAGCUGUCAUCACAAGAGAACUUAUUGAAAUUAUUUCUGGUGCUGCUGCCCUAUAAUGCAGAAUACUGGAUAAUAGUUCUAUAGUCCUGGUUAUCACAUAAAAGGGAAGAAUAUUAGAGAGUGCUAUUUAUACAGGAAAAUGUAUCAUCAAUUUCUCCAUCAAUAAUUGUUAUUAAUACAAAAUAAAAAGUUUAAACUACUGUGUUGUUACCUCCACAUAAGGUCAAUUUCGCCUCUGCAUUUUACCGGAAGAGCCUCUGCAUUUAAUGUGAUGCGCCUCUGCAUUUUACAAAAAUAGCCUCUGCAUUUUACCCAAAGAGCCUCUCCAUUUAACCCAAUGUGCCUCUGCAUUUUACCUGACAUACUCUACAUUUUCUUCAAGGUGCCUUUACAGUAUUGUAGCAAAAAUAGAGGUCAAGAAUUCACUCAAGGGUUUAUAAACGUUUGGUCAAUUGAUUUAUCCUAUAAAUUUCUUUAUUAGGUCCAAGAAGAUUUAUAGGAUAACUGUUAUGAUCAUCUUUGAUUUAGUUCAUUGCAUAUUAGCAUCACAAUUAUUGUAAACAUAACUUUAACCCUGUGCCAGUGCCUU